GAAGAGAGCAGAGCAGAGGAUAGAGAGAUACCAGGAGUGCAAACCAUUGCACUCCAAUCCAGACUGUUAGGGAGGGAACAUAGACACUUGGUGAGAUGAGUAUUCACACACCAAUCCACAUGGAUGAUAAGAGAAAAACAAGGACAAAAGAGGAAAAAGAAGAAUCCCACCAACAUCUCUGUCGGGACUAAUCUCUGUGGACUUGUUUUUGGGUUUUUUUUUUCUGCCUGGGACUCAGGAAGGAAGAGAACAUCUGUCAGAAGUGUGACCCUUAUAUGUUCAUUAAUAUCCAGUCCUAAUUCUUGGAUUAUUGCUGAAAGGAGCAGAGGAUAAAUCAGAAAUUUAUAUCCGUCAAACGUAGACUGUUGCAGAGGUGGAGAGGAGAGGGGACAGUGUGGGUUAUGGACCAGUCCCGGAGCAUCUGUGUUUAUCCUGCAUGGUCACUGAGAAAGAAAGAUGUGGGGCUGAAGGACAGACAGGAGAUGCUGUGUGCUUCCUAAAGCGUUGUCUGAGGUCUUUUUUUUUUUUUUAUAAAACAUAAGUGGGCUCUUACUUCCACUACCUCAUAAGGAUGACCUUCUUCCAUACUGCUGCACCAACUGCCCUCUCAAGCUCAAAUAAAUAUUGUCAGAUAAACAAAAAAGAAACAAAUGUCACUAUGAUCACACUUCAUGGCGAUUGGAUACAUAUGCAUCCUGACCAUCUGCUUCGCUCGAGCCGUCUCCAGUGAUUUAGGGAUCAACGUGUCAAGAGGUAAACUGGAGAUCUGUGCUCGAUUUCCAAGUCAAUGGCGACUGGAGCCAGGCGUACAGAGACUGAUGGGAAAGGUGGAGAGUGAAGGCCUGUUCCAUUAGUGAUCCCAGGAGACACAUGGGCCUGGAUGCUGCCUGGAUGCACUGACCUCUCCUGGACAGAUUCUGGACGUUACUGUGCCGCACACUGGGGAAUCUACAUGAACAUGACUCACUGACUCUUGGAGUACAACCUAAUGGAUGUAAAACAUUUUCUAUAUUUAUAGAUCUAACUACGACACUCUCCCUGGGGACAAUAAGCAAAAAGCAAGGGUUUGGAUUGUAGUGUGAGCAGUGCAUUCCUUCCUCUGUGCAGGGGAAAGAUUCUCCUUCCGGGGAAUAUCAUGAGAUUAUAAACAGGAGGUUGCUCCGACAUCUUAUCCCUGUUCCAAUCACCCAUCAGUGCUACCACCAUUACCAAAACAAACAGACCAGAGAUCUGGAAAAAAGGCCUGGAGAGGACAUUAACUGUCAUUUACUGGGUGCAGGUGGAUGAUUUCUUAGAUUUCUUGUCGUUGAAAUCAGGAAGAAGAAGCUGGUGUUCCAUAGAUACUCUUUGUCAAGACAGAAAGGUGCUUUGCUGGCUGCCAGCCUCUCUGGGAGGACCAAGCAGGGAAAGGAAAAGCCUCACUGGGAGGCCCUGCUGAUACAGAAUCACUUUUCCACUGGCCAUGUUUGGAUGCGAUGCUUGUCUCUGUGGAUCUAACACAGACUGUAUGGCCUGAUUACACAGCCCUGGUAUUCAGAUAGUGCUGGAGGGAAGGGAUAAUGCAUAUCCUUCCCAAUCUGGAACAAGAAGCCACCAUGAGCAACGUCACAGUCACCGACAACACCGAACCCAUCAGCCGCACCAUGAGUCCGGCGACCCCGAGCCCCUAUUCUUAUCCUGUCAGUUUCCAGGUCUCCCUGACUGGAUUCCUCAUGCUGGAAAUCCUCCUGGGCAUGAGCUCAAACCUCACUGUACUUGCCCUCUACUGUAUGAAGUCGAACCUCAUUAGCUCUGUCAGUAACAUUGUCACAAUGAACCUCCAUGUGUUGGAUGUGCUGAUUUGUGUGUGCUGCAUCCCCCUCACUAUCGUGGUGGUGCUGCUGUCCCUGGAGGGAGACACAGCACUUGUCUGCUGCUUCCAUGAAGCCUGUGUCUCCUUUGCUAGUGUUGCCACUGCCGCUAAUGUGCUUGCCAUCACCCUUGAUCGCUAUGACAUCUCAGUCAAACCAGCUAACAGAGUACUGACUAUGGGCCGUGCCCUGACUCUGCUGGCUGCCAUUUGGGUGCUAUCCUUUGUUAGUUUCCUUGUACCCUUUAUUGAAGUGGGCUUUUUUGCACAGGGCCAUGCUGAGCUGAACCAAACAGCUGUGGAGAAUGUGGUCCACACUAACCAGUACUAUACAGACCUUGGCUUGUAUUACCACUUGCUUGCUCAGAUACCCAUUUUCUUCUUUACUGCUGUUGUCAUGCUCAUCACCUACUCAAAGAUCCUGCAAGCACUCAAUAUUCGCAUCGGGACCCGUUUCCACGCUUCACAGAAGAAGAAGGCUCGCAGGAAAAAGUGUCCAUCCAUGACGGCCAUGACACCACAGCAAGAGGCCACAGAUGGAUCGCAGAGCAGUAGCAGCCGCAACCCGACACUGGGGAUGCGUACUUCUGUGUCUGUAAUCAUUGCCCUGCGCAGGGCUGUUAAACGCCACAGAGAAAGGCGAGAGCGCCAAAAAAGAGUUUUCAGGAUGUCUCUCCUGAUUGUGUCUACUUUCCUCCUGUGCUGGACACCCAUCACAGUACUCAACACAGUCAUCCUGAGUGUGGGCCCCAGUGACCUGAUGGUCAAGUUGAGACUGGGCUUCCUGGUCAUGGCAUAUGGGACCACUAUCUUUCACCCUCUACUCUAUGCCUUUACAAGACAGAAGUUCCAGAAAGUCUUGAAAAGCAAGAUGAAGAAGAGAGUGGUGUCCAUCAUUGAGGCAGAUCCCACACCUAAUAACGCCAUCAUCCACAACUCCUGGAUCGACCCAAAGAGGAACAAAAAGGUGACAUUUGGGGACAAAGAUGCUCAACAGAAAUGUCUGUCUUCUGAGGAUGUGGAGUGAAGUAACUCAUGACACAGUCAAUAAAAGCAGCUAAAACUGACAUCAGGUUAUGAUUUAAAAAAGGGAAAAUAUUAAUCCAAAGCAGUAAUGUAAAUAAUAUGUGUAACAAUGUACAAAAGUAAGAGGUGGAUAAUUUAUUACUAUUUAUUGAGAUCAAAGUAGCUUUGAUAGAUAAAGUACAUACAAUAAUGUAGACAUUGCAUGGCUUUUUGUAACAGUAGCAGUCAGUGUUUCCUAUAAAUUACCUAAGUAAUUAAUUUACUGUUGGUAAUAAUAUCUAAUAUUUGUCCCACCACAAUUUCUUAAUGAACUGACAAAUUCUAAGCUUCUCAUGAAGACAUAAACUUUGUGUUUUGUGUCAUUGCCUCAGGGCAGAGCUGUGUGCCCUCUCCCCACUGUUUGUUUGUCUCCGUCUCCCAAAACAUUGACAUUAGACUUAUGGACUCGUCUGUCACAGUCUGACAAGUCACCGGCCGCACAAGGAGAAGUCCCCGCUCCAUCAGCGGCCCUGUGGAUCCUCAGAACAGAAAAUCAAAAAGGUUUUUUUUACUGCUUUCGAGCAGAACUCUGCAUAACAACGAUGGGCAUGCAGUUCUAAGCAGGCAGACAAUGACAUAACAUCCCCACUCCCACUCCUAACGGCGACAUCUACCACCCCAGACAGAAUCUAAUUCUGCGGGAAACACUGCAUAAUUAUGUACAUACACAGUAAAUGUAAAGAAUAAGGUAAACACGGUAUAUAAAUAGAAAGAGAGAGAGGUAUUGUUAUCUAUAUGUAUAUUUGUAAUAAAAUUUGUGUUAACUCACAAAAGGCCCUCCUAGUCUCCCCAAAGUGAGGUGUUUGUGAUUGUGUUACAGCUGUGAGAUUACUAUCAUUCAUCACUUCCAUGCGUACUUGCUCAGACACCAGACCCUGCAGUCCGCGCUAACUACUGAUCCCUCAGAGGGAAGAACCCUCUAAUUGAAAUGAGGCUGUAGGUCCACAAACAGCUCAUGGAAACAUAGAUAUAGAUUAGGGUACAUUCCAAUAGAAUAAAAGCUAUGGCAGUAGUGUUCACAAUCGCUGUUUUGAUUUGGAGAGCAUUCACAGUGCUGACACACAACAGAACACUGUGUUCUCAUUGUCUAAUUUGACAUAAAACAGAUGUGAAUUAAAAAAAAAAAACAAGUCUGUUUCAUUUUAACAGCCACCUCUUUGAGCCAAGUGGAAUCUCUACAGUUGCCUUAUUUUGGUAUGAUAUAUUGAACACGACUUGGUAGGACAGGGUCUGACACAGCCAGAGCUCAUGUUGAACAUAAUUUAACAAUAUUGUUUGGAUUCUAGAAGAGAACGCAUUCCAGGGAUUAUACAGUUUCAUGUGGAAAUGACUGCAACAAACCUGUCGUGCAUUAAUGCCUUUAAUAAUAAACAACUAUCUGCUACAUUCAAAGCAUUGUUGAAUGGGGUCACACAAGCGUAUCUGUGUCACAGACCUUAUUCUGUGUUUCUCAGUAUUGCAGUGUUUACACCUUGCGUCACACGGCAGCAUUCCGGCGCUGCACGCAGGAAGCGAUUAUUUUAUGUCAAGACAGAGCGUUGCACUACUAAAGUGAAACAGCCUGCAAACAGGUUUUCAGUAUGACUGAAAACAAAGAGCCCAAAUUCACCUAGAAGUGAAUUCUGGUGCUCAAAAAAAACCCCAGUCAUUCAGCAACUUAAUAGUGCUUCAAGCCCCGCCCCCUCCUGCGCUGCCACUUUAUAUGCACAAAAUCUUCCUCAGUCAAGUCUGAUAGUAUUGCUUGACAGAGCCCUGUUCUGAUGAAGGACGCAGCACACAAACUAUGUUAUGUUGUUCAUAUUCAGACAGAAUAAUCAUGUCAACAACAACAACAACAAAUCAUCAAUAUGUACACACUGCUGCUUUAUAGUGAAUGUUGUGAAUGGGGUACUUUGGGAUUGUUUGGGUUUUUGUUUUAAUUAGCCCACAGCAAUGUUCACCAAAAAAGCAAAUCCAUCCAACUGCAAUAAAGGUCUAGUGCAAAAACUCUUUAAGCUUAAUAAAAGAUUCUGUUUACAAAACCCAA